GUCAAUUAUGUACACCAUAUUACGUUGAUAUCAACCGUAUGUUUGAAUUUAUUUCUUUUUUAGCCAUUUUAUUUUAAAUUUAACAUAGCGCCAUGGAUCAUUUUCCUUCAAAUUGGGGUAAACCUCGUUCUGAAUCAACAGAUGUAUAUAAUACUGUACCCAUGUAUAAAUCAAUUCCUAAUAACUUGACCGAAUCUGCUUAUGGACCCAUUACUAGAACACAAACACCUUUGGUCACCGGUACUUCUAUUCUUGCCUUCAAGUAUAGAGACGGUAUUAUGAUGGCAGCAGACAUGCUUGGUUCAUAUGGUUCAUUAGCUCGAUUCCGUGAUAUCAAAAGAUUAUAUCCUGUUGGAGAAAGUACUAUUGUUGGUGCUUCCGGUGAUAUUUCAGAUUACCAAUACAUUCAACAUCUUUUGGAUUCUCUAAUGAUUAAGGAACAUUGUGCUGAUGAUGGACAUGUCUUGGGCACUCCACACAUUUAUGAGUAUUUGUGGAGAGUAAUGUAUAAUAGAAGAUCUAAAUUCAAUCCUCUUUGGAAUGCUUUAGUUGUUGGUGGUAUGAACAAAGGAGAGAAAUUCCUUGGUUAUAUUGAUUUAAGAGGCACAACAUAUCAAUCUACAACAAUUGCUACUGGAUUUGGUGCACAUUUAGCACAACCUAUUCUAAGAAGAAGAGUUGAAGGUAGAGAAAAUGAUUUAACAGAGGAAGAAGCUAUUGAGAUUAUGAAUGAAUGUUUGCGUGUGUUGUUUUACAGAGAUGCUAGAUCUUUGAAUAAGUUCCAAAGAGCAAAGAUUACUGAAGAAGGUUUAGAAAUUACCGAGCCUUAUACAUUGGAUACUGAAUGGGGAUUUGCAGAAAAGAUUCGUGGAUAUGGUGCUUAAUGCAUAUAUGCGCAUACGCAAAUAUAAAAAAGAAGUUUUUUUCUUUUCUUUUUUUUUUCUUUUUUCGAACAUAAUAAAAUAAUGUAUAUAUUACAUUAAAACGUAGUAUUUGC